AAAAUGUUCGCAGCCGCCACUAAGAACUUUGUGAAGCAGGUUGGAGACACUGGGAAGCUGAUUCCUGUCCCCAGCCUGAGUGAAGCCGACCGCUACCAACCCCUCAGCCUGGUCACCAGGAGGAGGAAGAGGCAUUUCUGGAGGAAGUACAAGUUCGCAUCAACACCUUUUUCGUUGAAAGACAUUCUAGUGGGGGAGAAGGAGAUCACAGCAGGGGUGUCCUCUUACCAGCUCCUCAAUUAUGAGGACAAAUCGGAUGUGGCCCUCAACGGCCGACUGGGAAACCACAUCAUCAAUGACGUGGGGUUCAACAUCAGCGGCUCCGACUCUGUGGCUGUCAAGGCUUCGUUUGGAAUCGUGACCAAACAUGAGCUGGAUGUGCCGACUUUACUGAGAGAGCUCAACUCCAGGAAGGUGGACCUGGAUCACUGCCUCGUUCGACAGUCCAAGGAAAGUGGGCAGAGCAUUCUCUGCGUGGUCAUCGAGAGCAUCCGCACCACUCGCCAGUGCUCUUUGACCGUCCACGCCGGAAUGAGAGGAAGGACCAUGAGGUUUCAGAUCGACGACGGCAGAAACCCCAAAGGCCGAGACAAAGCCAUCGUGAUCCCCGCUCACACCACCAUCGCCUUCAGCAUCUGUGAGCUGUUCAUCCGUCUGGACGGGCGGCUCGAUAUCUGUGUUGCACUGGAGUCUCAGGGGGGGUUUGAAAGGGAGCAGAUCAGGGAGCAGCUUGGUGGUUUCAUCGGUCGCUUCUCCAUGGGUCGACUCCGCCGGUUCUUAUCUGGGAUCAUCUACGGAAACCCUUUCAGAGCAGAUGACAGAACAUUUGAGACGCUCACCUACUCUGACACCUACAUAGACGAUGCGGUGACCGACUACUAUGAGAAAUCCGCCAGCAUGACGGAUGUGUCCACGGCUUAUCUGAGAGAGAGCCCACACACACGGGUUAACCUCCUGAAACACAACAUCCCAAAGGGGCCGUGUGCGCUCUGUGGCAUGGGCAACCAGAGGCGGGAAACUGUUUAUGGCUGCAUGGAGUGCUCCUCCGGGGGCCAAAAAUAUAUCCGCCUUCACGCCAUGCAUUGUUUUGACCUGUGGCACAAAAUGCUGAGGUGA